AUGGGAAUGAUUUUAAUUGAAUAUGGUAUCACCACAACUUCCAGGCUGAUAAUGUUUAUCUCCUUAGACAUCUCAUUCUUUCCAAGGCUUUCUUUACCCCAAAAACUUUAUCUCAUUCACGCUAUACUUGAAAAUCGUCAAGUAAUGAUUGAUGCUUUUGCUGAUGGUAAUCUCAAAAGAAAUAAUAAGCCCUUGAUUAGUGAUGACAUUUAUUAA